AGGGAGAGAGAGAGAGAGAGAGAGAGAGAGAGAGAGAGAGAGAGAGAGAGAGAGAGACAGACACGACUGACCGGAUUCUCCUCGGCUAAAGGCAGACAGGUGUUUGGACACUACAAGGGAGGGACCUUAAACUAUCGAAACACACCCCUCUAAGAAGUCUCACAUAUAACAGAGCUUUGAAAGCUGACACACAGAGGCUGUUUGGUGCAGAGCAAGAAGGAGGUGUAACAUCGAAUGAUAGUGGACCUAAUAAUUUAAUACUACAGUUGUGGGACUCUUAAAAUUGUCUGUUCUGGGGGGUAUUCUCUUUCUGAGGCCUCCUAUCUUACACAAUCGUCUUUGCGUACAUCAAACAUCUUUGGGACCAUCGUAUCACAUAGAACUACUGUGACCGCUGCUGCUACUCACUUCCCUGCCCCACAUACUCUCCCAUAGAACAGCAUGGGUCUCCAGGCAGACUCAACACUCCAAUCUAUCCUCCUCUUUCCAAUCCACCUCCUGGUAUGGCUGUAUUCCGUCCUUUCCUUCCUGCCCUGGUACUAUAUCACCGGUGCUGGGCAAAGAAAAGCUCUGUCCAAGAGGAUAAAGGCUUGUUCUACUUCAGGCUGUGCCGAGGGACCGUACCGCUCUGUCGACCACUUUGACUCCCUGGCCAGGGAAGACUUCCCAGGCAAGGACACCCUGGAUAAGCUUUUUGAGCAUGCUGUCGAGCGCUUUGGAGACGCACAGUGUCUCGGCACCCGCGAUAUUCUGAGUGAAGAGAAUGAGAUUCAGCCCAGUGGUAAAGUAUUUAAAAAGCUGAUCCUGGGGGAAUAUAAAUGGCUGUCCUACAAUGAAUUGGACUCUGUAGUCAGUCAGUUUGGCAGUGGAUUGGCAGCUCUCGGACAGCAACCCAAAAGCACCAUUGCAAUCUUCUGUGAAACCAGAGCAGAGUGGAUGAUCACCGCCCAGGCAUGCUUCAGGCGCAAUUUCCCAUUGGUGACAUUCUAUGCCACACUGGGAGAGGAGGCCAUUGCAUUUGGACUGAAUGAGACUGGUGUCACACAUCUAGUUACCAGCGUGGAGCUGCUUGAGAGUAAACUGAAAAAUGUGCUACCACAGAUCCCAAAACUGAAACAUGUGAUCUAUGUGGACCAGAAGAAGGCGAGCACAGAAGGUUACCCAGCAGGACUCUCCAUCCACAGCAUGCAGGCCGUACGAGAGCUGGGCGCGCUGCCUCAAAAUAUGGGAAGGGAAAUUGUAAAGCCCCAGCCCUCUGAUCUGGCUGUUGUGAUGUACACCAGUGGCUCCACGGGCAGACCCAAAGGAGUCAUGAUUGUCCACAGUAACCUGAUAGCAGGAAUGACAGGGCAGUGCGAACGUAUCCCUGGACUUGGGCCUAAUGAUACUUACAUAGCCUACCUGCCCCUGGCUCAUGUUCUGGAAAUGACAGCUGAAAUCUCCUGUGUCACAUAUGGCUGUCGGAUCGGCUACUCAUCCCCCCAGACUCUGUCAGACCAGUCCACAAAGAUAAAGAAAGGAAGUAAAGGAGACUGCUCAGUGCUCAGACCCACCCUGAUGGCAGCUGUACCCGAAAUUAUGGAUCGCAUCAACAAGAAUGUGAUGAGCAAAGUGCAGGAAAUGAGUUUCAUUCAGAAGACACUGUUUACACUGGGCUACAAAUAUAAACUGGAGCAGAUCAAGAGGGGCUAUGACGCACCACUCUGCAAUGCCCUGUUAUUCCAGAAAGUCAAGAAGCUGCUGGGAGGACGAGUGAGGAUGAUGCUGUCAGGAGGAGCCCCCCUGUCAUCAGCCACUCAAAGAUUUAUGAAUGUAUGUUUCUGUUGUCCUGUGGGCCAGGGCUAUGGCCUGACUGAAACCUGUGGAGCAGGCACCAUCACAGAAGUUGCAGACAUCAGCACUGGUCGUGUUGGAGCUCCUCUUAUUUGCUGUGAGAUCAGACUUAGGGACUGGGCUGAAGGUGGCUACACCAGUAAAGACAAGCCAAACCCAAGAGGGGAGAUCCUGAUCGGCGGUCCCAAUGUAACCAUGGGUUAUUACAGGAAUGAAAGCAACGAUCAGGACUUCUUUGUGGAUGAGAAUGGGCAGAGAUGGUUCUGCACCGGUGAUGUAGGAGAGGUUUACCCAGAUGGCUGUCUACAAAUAGUGGACCGCAAGAAAGACUUAGUCAAACUGCAGGCCGGGGAGUAUGUGUCUCUUGGGAAGGUUGAAUCUGCUCUGAAAAACUGCCCUCUCAUAGACAACAUCUGUGCUUACGCAAACAGUGACCAGAACUAUGUGAUCAGCUUUGUGGUCCCCAAUCAGAAAAAGCUGACAGAACUGGCCAAACAGAGAGGCAUAGUGGGAACAUGGGAGGAGAUCUGCAUUCACCCCGACAUGGAAAGAGAAGUUCUGAAGGAGAUCAAGGUCGUCGCUGCUAACAUUAAACUUCAGCGAUUUGAGAUUCCAGUGAAAGUGCAUCUCAGUCCAGAGCCGUGGACCCCAGAGACCGGCCUCGUCACAGAUGCUUUCAAGCUGAAGAGGAAAGAGCUGAAGAACCACUAUCUCCACCACAUAGAGAGAAUGUAUGGGGGCAAAUAAUGUCGACAAGUCCAACCACGAGUCCCAGUUAUUGCCAUAACCACUGUUCUGAUCUAUAAAUAAUUUUCCUGGUAUCCAAUUAGUUUUUUUCUUUACACUGUUCGUGUAUCACAAGCGUCCAAAUGAAAAUGUCCCGAACAGAAAAGCUGAAACUGUAGAUAGUUGUAGCUAUUGAUCCAUAUGUGCUGCUUUUUAUUCUUGUGUGCUGAAGUUUUGAUUGUCAAAGAGAUGUACUCAAAAGAGAACUCCUUGAGAAGGGUUGGAGACCAUUACAGCACUCAACUGCCAUCCACUCUAAUCUGUUGGCACUCAUUUUGUAGCUGAUUUAAAAAAGUACCACUGUCCUCCAUAUAUUGAUGAUGCUUUGUUGUUACUUCCAUUAAAAUGUUAACUGUAAUAGUCACAGAUGCUUAUAAAGCUCUUGUAAAGUUGGAGUACUCAUGUUGCUGUGCCUUCAGUCUGCAGUGCUUGUGUAGUCAAGCAGAAGUAAGUGGCAUCUGUAUAUAAACAUUUAGUUCAUGCGUUUAUUACAAAAAUGGCUUAACUGCCACGUUAAAUGUUUACUUGAGGCUUUAGGAAAAAUACCCCUCACACACGGUUAUUGACAUGGAUCAUGGAGGAAACGUUACUCAUGAUCAUGUCUGCUAGUCCACUUAUUUUUUUCUGACCAGUGUUUUAUUUAUUAAUUUGUUAUUGUGUCAAUUUAGUCAGAAAGUAAGACCAAAAUGUGCAAACAUAAAUGACUCAGGAAGAUAAGCAAAUGUUUUAAUAUAUGAAAUUGUUAGAUAGUGGGGUUGCUUGCAUAGACAGCAAUUCUGUCAGAAUUCUUGUGGGCGCCUUAUUUAUUAAAGCGUAAGCAUGUUUAACUACAAAUUACUAAAAUGCUUCCAAGCAUCAGCUAUAGUCAGAACUGGCAUACUGUAAGACUGUGUGUAUUUUACCUCAGUUAACAGAAUAAUGUACAAUUUGGAAUCAAAAGGUCAUCUGAAGUUAAGUCUGUUCAUUUUAAUAUAGGAGUGUUUUCUAUGUAUUUUUCCAAGUGUUGGGUUUGCAUCAAUAAAUCUUUAAGUUCACAGUCAUUGACAUUCAGUUUACAGCUGGUUGUUUGGUGAUCCUAAUUGUAUUUAUUACUCCCAUCGUUAUGAUCACCUACCUUGUUCAACAUUUCAAAAAUAAACAUCUUUUCGUAA